AUGGCUUCUUCUAAUGCUGAUAACACUGCUGUUGCUGAUACAAAACCAAGUCGUGGAGGUUUAGAAACAGAUGAUUCAUCAGCUACAACACAGAAAAAAACUGAUCUAACAGUUAAUGAAUAUUCUGAAUUAGUCGAACAAUGGCGUCAGGCUUACUAUACGUGGAAUACAUCCUGUUUAAAUUAUUACAAUAUGUGGAUGAUGAAUACCUUUCUUCAGCAGUUAUCAACAGUAACAAAUACACAUUUUUUAGCAGCCGCUGCCACGACAGCAGCUCACUCUUCUCAAAAUAUUCGUCAAAGAUUUGAUCCUAUGAUAGAAAUUAGAAAUGCUCGUUUAAAAAUUGCAUCAAUCUACAGACGAUUUUUUGCUGAAGUUAUCGACUUUAUUAUAUUACAUGCAUUCAAACUAUUAAGUGUUGUUUUACUAGCAAAUACAUUUCAUUUAAUCGAUGAAAACCGUUUAACAUUAAGCUAUUUCGUUUCGUCACUUUUAUAUGAAGAUACACUAUCGAUUCCAUUCGAAUUAAUUUUCCUUGAGAUUGGCUAUGCAUUAACAAGUAUCGCUUUUGAGGGUAUUUGUUUGGCUAGAUAUGGUGCUACACCUGGAAAACGUUUAUUACGAUUGAGAGUUCUUAAAUGUAAUCAUAUGAAUGUUCAGGCGGACGGAAGCGUUGUCGUAGAACCGGGUAUCCUGUUGAAUUAUAUUGCAGCUCUAACACGUUCAGCUUUCAAAAGUUUGAUGAGUACAUUUUUGUUCCCUGCUGUUGUUGUUGCUCUUUUGUCAUCUCAUCGUCAGACAAGCUAUGAUAUUGCUGCUAAUGCACUGGUUGUUGAAUUAGAAAAAAGAGAAGUGCAACAAUUGCCAAACGUUGGUGUUGCAAGAGGUAAUUAG